AACGUUCAUUGGUCGUUCACAGCACAUGCAUGGUACUAUAGUAGGUUCUGGCUAGCUCACAAGUUUAUGAUUUGCUAGCUAACGUUAACUAACAUACAUCAAAGUGAAGAUGGCUACUGUCGGUCUGAUGUGUCCAGAGUGUGGCUCGAUCGACGUAGUGGACGACCAACAUUAUUCACAGCCACAACUUGUAUGUGCAGAUUGUGGCGCUGUGGUAUCCGAAGGUCUACUCACCACUACCCGAAGUGAAGAGACACAGGGCACAGAUGUAAGAUACAGUAAUAGCACAGAAGUAGACAAGAAGCCAUGCCGGAAUCAAAUCAAAGGCAUACACCGGGUGCGUGCUCUCUGUCGUAUUCUCAGACUCACCUUCCUCAUGGAGGAGACUGCAGAGACCUAUUUCAAGCAGGCCUAUGAGCACCCUAACUUCAUCAGGGUCAGCCUGCAGAAGAAAGAGGUUCUGGCAGGAUGCUGUGUGCUGGCGACCUGCAGGCAGCACAGCUGGCCCAUCGCCAUGGGAACCAUUAGUUGUCUCCUGGAGGCGAACCCCAGGCUGAUAGGUGUGGUCUACCAGGAGAUGGUGAAGACUCUGAAGAUAGAGGCUCCCCCCUCCAGCAUCAUUGACCUACUGGAGACACACUGUCAGGCAUACAAACUAAGCUCUCAACAUGUCCAUGAAGAGUUGUCGGUGUCCUCCAAGGAUUUGACAAAGCGAGCUGCUGUCCUGUUGGAGCUGGCUGCAGAUGCCUGGCUGGUGACUGGCCGCCAGCCCAUCCCCAUCCUCACGGCCUCCAUCUUCCUGGCCUGGCAGUCCCUGAAACCCACCCAGACCCGGCUCAAAUACACACUGGCCAGGUUCUGCCAGAUGGCCAAGGUGACCAAGUCCUCCAUAGCUCCGAAGCGGGUGACCGAGCUGAAGGAGGUGCUGUGUAAGCUGGGCCAGGAGCUGCCCUGGCUGAGGGGGGAUGAGGUGACACCUCAGACUGUGAUCCAGAUGGUGGAUGACAUCCUGAACCAUAGACUCACCCUACUGAGGAGGGCCCUGAGCAGCCACGAGGAAGCCCUGGCCUCUGAAUCAAAACUCCCACCAAGCUUAGAGGGCUCCCUACCUGGACCCCACAACAACACGCCCUGCCUGGAGGGUGCAGCUUCAUCCCAGACCCCAGUGCAGACCCCUCAAGAACCCUUUGUGGGGGAACCAGACACAGGGAGCAUCCAGCAACAAGGAGAUGUUGACCUGACAUACACUGUUGUAAUGGAGGGGUUGUCCCAUACUGGGCCUGACACAGACUCUCAGCACAACCAGCCCUCAGCACCAAACUCUGGCAAGAGGAGUUUGUUUGAACCCCCUUCUGUGAGGUACGCUAAGAUAAGGAGGGUGCAGGUCCCGGUGGUGGAGGUGACAGGUGAUGAGGAGAUCUCAGACAGUGAGAUUGACAGUUACAUCCGUACUCCUCAGGAGAUCAGAGACUACGUUGAGGCUAAAGAGGCAUUAGCUUCCUCUGAUGAUGAGUUCUGACAGGAAGGGAUCACCUUGUAACCAGGUGAUUUAGUUAUACUGCACUGUCUGAUCUGUAAUGCAUUAUAAUGUACAAAUAUGCAACUAUUUGGCUAACUAUUUAUUUUGUAUGAAUAUUGAAUAAUCUCUUGUACCCUUCAGGUCAUAAGGCUACACAUUAAAUCUACUGAUUUCAAAACAGUCACCAACAGUGUUGAGGACUAUAUUCAUUUUGAUGGUGAUUUUAUCCUUAAUUUGUUAGUUUAAUUGAAAGGUUCUUCUUUGGCUGAUCAAUUUAUUGCAUUGAAUUUGGAUGCACACACACCUAUGUUACUAAACAGUCUGUACUUCAAGUACAGUAUAUGGGCAUGUUUUUCUGUUUGAAGUGGCCAAAUGGAUUCCUCUGCUUUGUGGUUCUCUGCAAAUUAUCUAUUUGACUAAUUACAGUGGCCUAAACCCAGUUCAUUGUCUCAGGCCGGCUGUCAGUGAUUUUAGAGCACAUUCGCCUAAUUAGUGUCAAUGUUGUCACAGCACAGCCUGUAGCCUAAAAUUAUUUUUUGAAACAGUCAAUACUGUUGUCUACAGCUGUCAGCCUAAAAUAUUUCUGUAUUUUUUUGUUGGAAUUUUAGUUUUUACAGAAGUUAGGCAUUAGUCAUCUAGAUUUGAACUCUGUUGCUGAAGCCACAUUGUUCUCUAGUGUGUGUUUUUUUUGCCCUCCGGAUGUUAACUGAUGUUGUGGUGAGAGGAUUGUUACCAUAGCAAAAAAUAAACAUAUUACCAUAUAUAAAAUAUA